AUGCUGCGGGGCUGGCAGGCUUCCGAGAGCUCACGACUGCAGAAGUGCGGGCGCUACCUGCUGUUCGCCUGUUUUCUGACUUUGGCAACGUUUGCCGUGGCGUCCUUUUCGGCCUUCCGCCUGGCAGAUCCGCACUUCGUCAGCCUCUCCGCGGCAUUGCAGGCCGGCAUCUACGGCGAAGCGAGUGACUCGAACGAGUCCGAGUCCUCAGAAGAGGAGGCAGAGGAGGGCCCAGAGGAGGCCGGGGCCGCGGCUGCCAUCCAGGCGACUCCAAACGCUUCGAACGCGAUCGUCGCAGAGAAGGCGAAGUUGAUCUUCGUGAAUUGCGUUGAGGAUGGAAAGCCAGUGAAGAAGAGAGGCUUACAAGGUAAAAUCUUGCGUUGCCCACACCAGUGCAAUUUGACAGUAAACAAGAGAGAUUUCGCUCGAGCUGAUGCAGUUGUCUUCAAUCCUUUGUGGAUGACUCCACUGAAGAUCCCGCCAAGGACAAAGAUUCCAGGCCAGAUUUGGGCAUACAGCUUCCAUUUUGAAUCUGCCUCCCAGCACGGCUUCGCGCGCAAAGCCACGCAGGCCUUGUCAGGCAAAGUGGACCUGACCAUGACAUACAAGGGCACUUCCGACAUCUUCCGGCCUUACUACAGGUUUAGGAGCCUCCAGCCGGGGGAGCGCCCAGAUCCUCACAACUACGCAGAGGGGAAGCAGCACCUCCUCCUCUGGUUCGUGUCGAACUGUGGAGCCAAAGGUCGCAUGAGCCUUUUCAAAGGUUUGCAGAAGAUCUUGGGCCCAGAAAGAGUUCACAUGUUUGGAGCCUGCGGUCGGUCUGCGGGCUGCAGCUCUGCCCAUAGCGGGGAUCCCUGCAACAUACGCCUCAUGUCCAAGUACAAGUUCUAUGCGGCCUUCGAGAAUACCCGUUGCGAAGGCUACAUCACCGAGAAAUUCUUCCGUGGCCUCGGAACCAGCACUCCCAUGGUGCCCCUGGCUUUGGGUGGGUUGGGGAGGAAAGACUACGAGUUCUUGGCACCGCCAGACUCCUUCCUCCAUGUUGAUGAUUUUUCAUCUCUGGAGGAGUUGGCACAGACCUUGCUCGAAAUCGAUGCCGACGACACGAGGUACAACCGAUUCCAUGCCUGGCGGCAGAUGCAGAAAGUCACGACCCAGACGGCGAACUACCGUGUCGCCUACUGCGACUUGUGUGAGCGCCUGCACAGCGGUCAGCAGCUCCACCCCAGGUCCUACGGCGCGAGUCUGGAAAAGUGGAUGUUCGACGGCUGUUUGAGUGACGGCCCUCGUUGGAAAUCCUGA